AUGGACACCCUCGUUGUGGCUAAAAAUGAUGCACUUGCAAAGGUAUUAUCUCCCGAGGUUCAACUUUGGAAUGCUCAAGGGAGCAACUUGGUUCAGGCUAGCAGAAUAGCCGAGCUCGAGGCUGGUCUUGCGAAGGCCAAGGCCAAAGUUGUGGAAGUUAGGGCCGAAGCCAGAGAAAUACAAGACAAGGCUGACAGGACGGUGGCCAUCUAUUUGAAGGAUGCUACCGAUGCUCAGAUGGAGUUGAAGGGGGCUUCCGACCGAGAGAAAAGAAGCAAUGACUAUGCCCGAUGCCGAUCCCGGAGAGAGACCCUCGAAGAGGUCCAUGCUAAGGGCUUCGAUCUUUCCGAGGAGAUAAAGCAAGCUAAGGAAGAUGAGGCUGAUACCAAAUUUAUCCUUUCCUCCGACGAUGAUGAUGACGUCGAAGAUGAUGAAGAGAAGGAGGUUGUCGAAGAAGCUACCCCCGAGGAAGAGGUUGGUCCCAGGAAGUGA